UAUCUAACUUUAUUGCUGUUGUACAGAUUUAAAGAGUGCACAGCUGCUCAGUUUACUCUUACACGGUGGAGCUGACUGCUGGACUGGACUCUGAACUACCCACAAGGCACUAGUUCCCUAGUUCUCCUCCAGCCAGUGUGUGAAGGAGAAGCCAGUGGCAUUGUCCCAAAGGUCUGUAUAUAAGAUGAGAGAGGGAGGGUGUUGGAUUCCUCAAUAAGGCAGUGGCUCAAGAAACCUGCUCUGAAGGCUGGCCAGGUUGAAACUGUUCAAUCAGAUAUAUCUUCACUUCAGACCAGAAGUUCCUCCAAAAGACUACCUCACCUCACCUGACCUGACUGGGACCAGUUACAAUACAGCCAUGUCUCUGCUGGUCCAUGUUCUGGCCUGCUGCUUCGGGCUGGGCUCCUGGGUGGCUGUCAACGGCCUGUGGGUGGAGCUCCCCCUCAUUGUCAACACCCUCCCUGAGGGCUGGGAGCUACCAUCCUACCUGACAGUCAUCAUCCAGCUGGCCAACCUGGGGCCUCUGCUGGUCACUGUCAUGCACAAGCUGUGUCCGGGCCGGCUGAGGGAGAGAGCUGUCAUCUACAGUGUGUUGUCCAUCGGCAUCCUGGCCUGUGUACUGUUGGCGUUCUUCUGGGAUGAGACCACGGUUGUGGCAACGGCACCACGGAGCACAGUCUUCUUUAUUCUAACCCUUUUCCUGGCCUUGGUGGAUUGUACUUCCUCUGUUACCUUCCUGCCCUUCAUGAUGCAGCUGCCAGCCCACUACAUCACCACCUACUUCAUUGGAGAGGGCCUGAGUGGCUUUAUCCCUGGUCUAGUUGCUCUUGGCCAGGGCGUCGGCAUGGCCGAGUGUGUAAAUGGCACUCAGUCCUCUGGUAACCUCACUGAAAAGGACAUGUACAUUGUCCAGACCCAGUAUCUACAGCCCAACUUUUCCACUGAGGUGUUUUUCUUCUUCUUGGCGGCGAUGAUGUGCAUCAGCCUGCUGGCGUUCUCUGCCCUCAACAGGUUCCCACGCAGCUUUGAACUGUCCACAGAGAACCUAGUUUCAGACACUGGCACAGUGGCGUCGGUCUGCUUCGGUCUCGACAACCCUGGAGUGGUAACCGACGAGCAGAACUCUAACCCAAAACCCCACAGUGAGGAAUCAGGUCAGGCUAGGCCACAGCUGGCUAAACCACUCCACUCUGUUUAUCAGUUAGCUUUUAUCUAUUUCAUGGUGGUCUGUGUGAACGGGGCAACCAACGGCCUGUUGCCCUCGGUGCAGACGUACUCCUGCAUGCCCUACGGUAACCUGGCUUAUCACCUGUCGGCGGCUCUGGCAUCCUGUGCCAACCCAGUGGCCUGUAUAGUCGCCCUGUUCUUUCCUAAAAGGUCACUAGUGUUGCUGGGUGUACUGUGUCUCCUGGGCUCAAUCUUUGGAGGAUACAACAUGGCCAUGGCUGCCAUGAGUCCAUGUCCACUACUACAAGGCUCUGCGCUGGGAGAAACCAUAAUAGUUCUGUCGUGGGUCUUCUUUACGGGGACCCUGUCCUAUGUGAAGGUAAUGGUGGGUGUCAUCCUGAGGGACGAGAGCCACAGCGCCCUGGUGUGGUGUGGAGCAGCGGCACAGACAGGCUCUCUGCUUGGCUCUGCCAUUAUGUUUCCUUUAGUCAAUGUCUGCAACCUGUUCGAGUCAGGAGACUUCUGCAACACUAGGUGCCCUUUAUGAUGAUGACUUAUACCCGAGACACUAACAUACCCACUGGUAAGUAGCCUUAUCCGAGCCAGAACGGCCCAUACGGCAGGAGCUUAUCUCUUGUUUCUGUAGUGAGAGGCAGCUUGAUGUACAAGUACACCCCCUGGACAGGAGUACCUGCUAGUACCUAUACCCACUGGGGUGAUGUGUGAAUAAUGUGGGGGUCAAGGAAAAGACAAUGACGUAUCUGGCCUCAGAUUAGAGUUUGGACUCUAAGUAUGUCUUCAAGGGCACCCGGUGGUGAGAAAAAAAUCCGCCUGGAUCAAUGGAGUAAAGUAUAAGUUUUCAAACUGUUGUUCAGUUAAUAAUUGUAUGUAUUUCUAUGCAGUAUGACUCACAACCCACACUCAAGGGUGUUGGAGCAAUUGUUGUAAAUAUCUGCAUUAUUAACCUUAUCUUAUUUCAAAUAUAUGGUUUUAAACCAUUACUUGUUGAAUAAUUGGGAAUUUAAGGAGACAAGCAGAAUCCAGAUUCAUGUUUGGUUUGUAAUUACUAGUUAUAGUGCCAUGAACAUGUUUAUUAUUGAAUUAACCUUAGAUUUACACUGAGUGUACAAAACAUUAAGAACACCUGCUCUUUCCAUGAGAUGGACCGACCAGGUGAAUCCAGGGGAAAACUUAUUGAUGUCACUUUUAAAUCAAAUGAACCAGUCUAGGUGAAGGGGAUGAGACAGGUUAAAGAAGGAAUUAUAAGACAAUUGAGACAUGGAUUGUGUAUGUGUGCCAUUCAGAAGGUCAAUGGCAAGAUAAAAGUGCCUUU